AUGACCAUUGCUGGUGAAACACUAGUGAAGAAGAAAUGGACUUCGAGACUAAUUUUAAUCCUGAAGAUUGGAAACAGUUCUAAUCCUCGACCAAUUCCGUCUCUAGCACAUAAAAAGAAUGGGAAUAUUAUGAUUCACAGUAGGAAUUGUGAAUAUUCAUCUGACAAAGAAGUAAUUAAGAAAGAUGGAACUUACACACUUUAUAGAAUAAGUCAAGAAAAACUAUUACUGGCUUUAAAUACUAUGCGAAAAAAUGCCUAUACAAAGGGAUUAGAUAUGUCGAAGAAACUAUCAAUCUAUACUCCUGAAGAAAAAUACAAUAUGCUACUGAUUCAAUCAAGAUAUGGGAACAAUCUCAACGCUGACAAGAACUUGUUAAAUACUAUCAAGGGAACCAAAAAAAUAACGAAGUUAAACAACUUUGAAAAAGAUUUUCAAUUACAAAACACAAAGCUUAAAAGGGAAAUAAUUGAAGGAGGAAACCUUCCUGAAAAGGCGAAACAGGUGUACUUAUUGGAAAAUGACCCAAAGUGCAUUUAA